AAUUAACAUUCCUGUUAGUAAAAAGUGGUCAGUGACAGAAAAAAUUGUUAAAGAUGUUAAAAUUGUAAAAGUGAAAGAAAUACUUUUCAGCCAUGGGACCACCAAAGAAAUUUAAAAAAUAUGAUUCAAAACCCAGCGGUGAAAGAUCAGGAAAGAAAAAGAAGGUGGAAGAAGAUAUCACAAUAGACUUGGUAGAUGAUGAUAAUACAGAUAAUGUAGGAGUCCCUGUUGCUGCAACACAGGAUGCAGAGAAGAAUGACCAGGUUCCCGAAGAUGAGUUUGGUGCAAAAGAUUACAGGAGUCAGAUGACAUUAAAACCAGACAACACCAGUCGUCCUCUCUGGGUUGCCCCAAAUGGCCACAUAUUUCUGGAAGCCUUUUCACCAGUUUAUAAACAUGCACAUGACUUCUUGAUUGCUAUUGCAGAACCUGUUUGCAGACCUCAACACAUACAUGAGUACAAGUUAACAGCCUACAGUUUGUAUGCUGCAGUAUCAGUGGGCUUGCAGACUAUGGACAUUAUUGAAUACCUACAAAGACUGAGCAAAUGUUCUGUUCCCGCGGGCAUUAUUGAGUUUAUUCAACUUUGCACAUUAUCAUAUGGAAAAGUUAAACUUGUAUUGAAGCACAAUAGGUAUUUAGUAGAAAGUAAGCAUGUAGAGGUGCUGCAAAAAUUACUGAAGGACCCGGUGAUUCAGCAGUGCCGGUUGCGGCGCGACGGUGACGACGAUCUGUUUGCCUCCGCGGUGCCCAACAAGCCCAACACAGCCACUGCUUCGAAGCCAGUGGAAGAGAAACCACUGUCAAAUGACACAGUGCCGGAAGACAUCAGCCAGUUCUACCAGCAGCUGGACAAGGACGAUGAGGAGGACGAGGCUACCGACUUGGCGACCAACACCGCCGUCGCCUUUGAAGUUGACCCUGAUAAAAUUGAGGUGAUACAAAAGCGUUGUAUAGAGCUGGAGCACCCGCUGCUGGCUGAGUACGACUUCCGCAACGACAGCGUCAACCCCGACAUCAACAUUGACCUCAAGCCCACAGCGGUGCUGAGACCAUACCAGGAGAAGAGCCUGCGGAAGAUGUUCGGCAACGGACGAGCUAGGUCCGGAGUGAUAGUGCUGCCGUGCGGCGCGGGCAAGUCGCUGGUGGGGGUGACGGCGGUGUGCACGGUGCGCAAGCGCGCCCUCGUCCUCUGCAACUCCGGCGUCUCCGUCGAGCAGUGGAAGCAGCAGUUCAAGUGCUGGUCCACCGCCGACGACAGCAUGAUAUGCAGAUUCACAUCGGAGGCGAAGGACAAGCCGAUGGGCGCGGGCAUCCUGAUCACGACGUACAACAUGAUAACGCACGGGCAGCGGCGCUCCUGGGAGGCGGAGCAGACGAUGAAGUGGCUGCAGGCGCAGGAGUGGGGCCUGGUGGUGCUGGACGAGGUGCACACCAUCCCCGCCAAGAUGUUUCGUCGAGUGCUCACCAUAGUGCACUCGCACGCCAAGCUCGGUCUGACGGCGACGCUGCUGCGCGAGGACGAUAAGAUCGCGGACCUGAACUUCCUGAUCGGGCCGAAGCUGUACGAGGCCAACUGGCUGGAGCUGCAGGCGGCGGGGUACAUCGCGCGCGUGCAGUGCGCAGAGGUCUGGUGCCCCAUGACGCCAGAGUUCUACCGCGAGUACCUCAUACAGAAAAUAAACAAGAAGAUGUUACUGUAUGUAAUGAACCCAUCAAAGUUCCGGGCGUGUCAGUUCCUGGUGAAGUACCACGAGAAGCGCGGCGACAAGACGAUCGUGUUCUCCGACAACGUGUUCGCGCUGCGACACUACGCCGUCAAGAUGAACAAACCGUACAUCUACGGGCCGACGUCGCAGAGCGAGCGGAUACAGAUCCUGCAGAACUUCAAGUUCAACCCCAAAGUGAACACGAUCUUUGUGAGCAAGGUCGCCGACACCAGCUUCGACUUGCCCGAGGCCAACGUGCUCAUACAGAUCUCCUCUCACGGUGGCUCUCGUCGCCAGGAAGCUCAGAGAUUGGGUCGUAUUCUGCGUGCUAAGAAAGGCGCGCUGGCGGAGGAGUACAACGCGUUCUUCUAUACGCUGGUGUCGCAGGACACGCUGGAGAUGGCCUACAGCCGCAAGAGACAGCGCUUCCUCGUCAACCAGGGAUACAGCUACAAGGUCAUAACAGAGUUAAAAGGCAUGGACACGGAGCCUGAGCUGUUCUACGGCACGCGCGAGGAGCAGGGCAUGUUGCUGCAGCAGGUGUUGGCGGCGUCAGAGAGCGAGUGCGAGGAGGAGCGCGAGGCGGGCGGCGCGGGCGCACGUCGCGGCGCCGGCAGCCUGGCCUCGCUCGCCGGCGCAGACGACGCCCUCUACCUCGAGCACCGCCGCCAGCACAACAAGCACCCGCUCUUCAAGAAUGAAUCAGAAAGUGCAAGCGGUGUGCCUGAAUGGGCUAUCGUUGAGCUGCAGGGGCUAGUACAGAUGAAGAAAGAGGCAACAGCGGGGCCCACAGUGAUCGGCGACCUUCACUACUACCAGAGGAACCGCCAUCCAGUCUUGGUGCUCGGACAUCACAUACUCAAUGGCAAAGAAGUUAAAUUAGAACAACCAAUGGCAGUUAUUGAGAAAGUUGAUAUUGACGGAAAGUUGGAAUAUAAAAUUAAAGCUAUCGUCAAAAAGAAAUUACUAUUCAAAUCCAGACCCAAGCCGAUCAUAUCUCAUGAGGAGAGCGAGCGUGGUCUGGGAGCGUGUGGUGUGCGGCAGGCGUGCUCGGCGCUGCUGCUGCGACACUGGCGCGCGCCUGCGCUGUUGCGGCUAUGCCGCUGCCCACGCAGGCAGCGCUGCGACACGCGCGCACCCAGCGACCGACUGGUUGAGCUCAACAAUAGAGCUUACUUCCAGUUCUGCACACCGGUAACUAAAUGGCCUGAGUGUACUCUGUCCGACACACCACUCAUCGUCGAUACGCAGUACGACCGGAUGAACCCGGACGAAAUCGAGGCGAUGCACCAUCAAAACGUUGCCCUAGUGCCACCGAACGUCACUCUCAACUGUCUGUGUCGGUAUCCUAACUAUUGGCGUUGGAAUUCGACACAGGGCAGUAUAUCGAAAUACCAAUGUGGCUCGAUGCCGCUUUGUAAGUCGGGAGACUUCUGCGGCAACGUGAACUACGAGCUGAACGCGCUGUACCAGUGGUGCCUGUGUCCGCGGCAGCACAUGUGCGCGCACGGCGGCGGCGUCACCCGCCUCUACAUAUCUGAGUUGCUGUACCGGGGCCGCGGCUGGCGAGCAUAUUGCCAACCAAUAUACCAAGAAUACGACUACUACUACGACGAAAACUAGUCACAAAUGUUUGUUUUUUUUGAAAAAUUUCUUACAAGCAGAAUGUUUAGAUUACUCUGUUAUUAAAUGCUUAAAAAGUGA